GUUCCGACCUGACCGUCUCCUCAUCGUCGGUCCGAAGAAUUCGGUACUUUAUUGUUAGUUCUCGGCGCGUUCUCCGAUAGUUCGAUCGUGUUCGCCACACCAGUUUCUCGCCUUCGGACAGUGUCUGUUCUCUGGACGGUGCGCAAUCGUCAUUCGACGCAAGGCGACGAGGUUAGUUAGUCAGUACAGUUAGUAGGCAUUGGGAUCUUGUACGGGAAUCAGCAAAAUGGCUGCAACAGGGAGUUCGAAAGGUUCGGUGCUCGAAAAAUUCGGUUUACAGCCGGUAACCAAAUGCAGCCUUGCCAAGUUCUACGUCCCGGCACUCGGUGCCAUUUCUUAUACCGGUCUGUCAAUCAACGUAAUGAAUCCACGUCUAAUCGUCAGAAUAUUCCCAACAACGGAUAUAACAAACCUGCUACUCGGUAGCACGUUUCUAGGCACCGGAUCCUACAUUUACACCAGGGAACACUUAAAAAAUGCUCCACCAGCAAACAAAAUUGCAUACAGCGCUGCUGGAGCUGUGCUGCUGAGUUUUGGGUCAGUUCUAGUGUGGUCUAUCCUACGCUCGAUCAUCCCACCAAAUUCUUCCCUUCACACUAUCGCUGGUAUCGGUUCUGGAAUUGCAUUUAUCAAGAUCGGAACCAGCUACCUGGAGUUUGUCGACUCGCAGGUGGUGGCUAAAAAGUAGGAAAACAUAGUAAAUAUGCUUUGAAACAUUGUCCAAAUAUGUCAUAGACACCGUAAUCGAACAAGACUAAUCAAUAAGUAAAACGGACAAACAGUACACUUGUUUAUCAUAUAUUUGAAAUAAAAUUAUAUGGAAUCUUGUAGAAAGUUUGAUAUAGAUAGUUUGGUAAAUGAUGCGAAUGAUCUUUUUAAUGGUUACAACGUUUCGCUGAAUCAUUUUUAAUUACAAACUAAAUUUAUUUCCUAAAAUGUUGACUAAUCAUUAUAUUACCCUGUCCCAUUCUCCAAUGUAUUAUAAUUACAUGUAUACUGAAUAUACUGAAUGCGUGACGGCAUAAAAUCA